AUGGAGAAGGGAGUUCUGGAGAAGGAAGCCCCAAUGAAGGGCAUAGUUGCUCAAGUAGUGACAAUGCUUAAUGGCCAAGCACAGAGGGCCGCGAGAUUCUCGUUACACUGUUCAGUGCGGUCCGCUCGGUUGAUGCGUGCGCGCAACUCGGCAGCUAUGCGUUCCGCCACGUCCACGGCCCCUUCCCUGGGGGCACGGAGACAGAAGACCGACUUGCACGUGGCUGAACCGUCAAGGUCUGCGAGUCCAGCACCGAGUUUGCGUAGUCAGAGAGCGAAACAAUACAGGGCCAGCCUACCCAUCAGAAGUGCGCGGCUCCUACAAAGGUCUCGCACACAAACACCAUCAGACGCCGGCAUCAGCGACGGCAGCACAUCUCCAGCACCAGCCCCUUCAUCCCUCUUACAGGACGUGGUCGACAUAAAGACGCUGCUUCUGCAGCUAAAACGGGUCUUACAGGAGCCCGGGGAGGAGCAUCAUUCGAAGAGUAGCGAAACUCUCGACCCGUUGCUAGCGGCGUGCGCGGAAGGCCCCGCGCGCGGCAACGGGCGCCGCCCCCCCGCCUCGCCGCUGCACCCCGACGCCUGCGCAGAGAUGCGCCGACAGAUCGUCUAUCUGCAGAGUCAGUUAGAAGAGCGUGAUCGGCUGGUCCGCGUGUUGCAGCAGCAAAUGUUGCGAAUGGCUGAAAACCACGAGCCACGCCCAGACGACACCUGUAACGUUGCCACUCAGACUGACAGGUUGCGGCCACCGAUGGGCACAGCAUUAGCGAGUUCUGAAAAUUCUGGACUAGUGAGUUGGAAUGAACAAGGAAGUGGAAGAAAGCUGCCGUCUUAUGGUGAAGCACAAAAGACAAAGAGACAUGUUACCAACGGGGUAGUGAAAUGUCAGUGUGGUGCGGUAAAAGUGAACGGAAUUGACGAAACACAGACAGACAAACGUGACACUGUACAUCUUAAGCCAAACAGCCGCGUCGGCACCAAGUACCUCCAAGCUGUUACCAACACAGAAAACCGACGAUACAUCAAGCGAGAUUCGUCGCUAAGCGAUAAGUCCGAUCGAAAGAAUCUCUACACAAACCGAUCUCGAUCCAUAGAAAACUUCCAAAACCAAAAUGACUCAACUGAGACCGCUAAACCCGCGGUGAUCGAAGAGACUAACAUCAAACAUCAUACCUCAUAUAGUGACUUAUAUAAUGGAAGGAUUAGCAGCCGAGAGAGUGUCAACAGGCAUAGCCCAAGUUUGAACGGUCAAUCAACAGAUACAGACUAUAGUUCUGACGGUGGAUAUAAAUCACUUCCCUCGUCUAUAAACUAUGGUUCGCCCAAAAAGGUUAGCGGCAUUCCAAGGAGGUCACUUGAGCAAAAAUUCAUAUCUACAAAGCAAGUGAGAGCGAGCGCUGUUUGA